AUGUUGCGAUACUUUACAGUAGAGUACGACGGGUAUACGUACAAGAAGGAGGAAAAGAAAGAAGAAGAGAAGACCUCUGGCGCGCACUAUCUGAUCAACACGCUGACCCUGUGCCCGAGCGAAAAGACAGAGCUGCAGAAGAUAAUUAGCAGAAUGAACACGAAGAGCAAAUGGAAGGACUUGUCCGACAAGCAGGAAAGAAUCUACUUGAAAAUGGAAAAGAUUCUUUCGAAGCUGAAAGCAUACACGCCGUUCUCUGUGCCCUUUCUCAGCAAAGUCAGCAAGAGAGAAGCCCCCGAGUACUACAACCUCAUAAAAAACCCGAUAGAUUUAGGGAAAAUAGGAAAAAAGCUUUUUCUCCAGGAGUACUCCGAUGUGAAUGAUUUUUUGAAGGAUCUCGACCUAAUUUGGGAAAACUGUUUUAAGUUCAACAGCACGCACGGGAACAUAUAUGCGAUGUACGCACAAAAAAUGAAAGAAAAGUCGCUUGUUCUCCUGCAAGACCUCUUUUCAGAGAGAGAAAUAGAAAUACAGGAGCCGCAGGAAGAAGUGGACCACUUUAUACAGUCUGAAAAACAGAGAAAAGAGAUGGUAGCUACCCGCGCAGCUAUUCUGCAGAACCCUGCUGAGUUCACGUGCAAGCGAACAGGCGCAUCAAUGGGGGAGUUCUGGAAACAGGAAACAGAGGCCAUCAGGCAAAACCAGAACAUUUAUAGUCUGGGUACAAUAAAUAGCGAAAUAGAUGGAAUGAAUGAGCUGUGUGAUACAGCUACUACAAACACAAAAAGAAAGAGCUCCCUGUACAUACCAGAGUACACACACUUCUACAACAGUUUCCCUGUUUAUGUGCCAGAGCCAAGAGCAUCACCGCCCUCUUACUACACAAUAGAUGAUUUGCUUCUCUCUGGAUACACCGCAUACAACAAAAAUAGCAAGGCGUACAAGCUGGGAGAGAGAAUGGCGCAGGAUAAGAAGCUGUUCUACAACAAGAAUUUCUACACAGCAGAUAACAAGGCUGUAAAUGACAUUUACAUGGGAAGAUGCGAGAUUAUGCUCCUUCUGAAGAAAAUAGUUACACUGGAGCUGAUAUCAACAGGGUUUACAAGCACGGAGGCAUCAGCGCUGAACAUUCUUGUGUCGUAUGCCAUGCACAAGAUAGAGAGUGCAAUGAAGCAGCUGUCAGAAUACAAGCGCAGAAUAUCGCACACUGCAGAAAAGAACACAACAGAAAACAUCCUAAAGUAUCUGAUACACGUUUUCCAGCUGAACUCAGCAGACAUGGAGCCAAAUGCAUUCUUUUCAGAGGAAGAGGAAGACUCAGACGAGGAGUCCAUUAUAAACAUGAUAUACUCCAACCCUGAGGAUGUUGAUGUGGAGAUAGAUGACGACUUGAUCUAG